CACUGAUCAAAAUGGAAAACAACAUUAAGCCAGCUGGUAAAAAAAGACGUCUAAAUCAUUUUCCUAGCGAUAUUGCUGCUCGCUUAAGCCAGCUGUACCCAGAUCUCAUGACUUACUCACCGCCUCGUGGUGUCGCUACUGCCUCAAACGCACCCAAGGCCCACGCACAAACCGAGAUGGUAAAAGAAGCGGAUGGCGAAAUCAACAACAACCUGGCCACCAUAAUGGAUAUGAAUCGGCCUGCCAGUCCCCGCCUGCUACAAGAGGUGACAUGCGAGAUACCGUUCGAGAACCAGCACAGCCCCAAAUGCAUCUGUAACCGCACUCCGAUCCCAUACGAGUGCGGGCGAUGCUACCAAUUUAUUCACGGUCGACUCGCUGAAGUCUGUGAUAAGCAUCCCCAUGAAGUAUUCCUGAUGGACUUCCAACAGUGCCCCUAUUGCUUAGCACCCGUUAGCCUCAUCAAACCGUCGAAUCUCACCUUGGAACAAAUCCGCAAUAUCGAGGAAGCUGUUCUGCCUGACGAUGAUGAUAUUUAAAUAAUACUUAAUAGUUAUUUGAGUUCGAGACUCAAUUGUUACACAUUUGCUUAAUUUAGACCAGAGCUGCAUGUUUACCUAAUAUUAUUGUUUAUUUAAAAUAUAUAGCAUGGGGUAUAAAUUACCUUACCCU